AUGAGAAAAGGCGAUAAUGUAAAUGGGGUAUACGAACUCAAAAAAUAUUUAUCGUAUCUUGGGUAUCUAAACGACAAUAGACACUCCAACGAUCAAAAUCAGGAGCACAAAAAUAUUUUCGACGAUUCCUUGGAAAUUGCCCUCAGAAGAUACCAAGAAUUUUACGGUCUUAAGACCACCGGGUUUUUAGAUGCUAGCACCAUAACAAAUAUGCUACAACCACGAUGUGGCGUGCCGGAUCUCUUCACUAACCCUAAUAAAAACCCUCCAUUUCACACAAUAUCUCAUUAUUCACUUCUUCCGGGUAAUCCCAAGUGGUACUGGAAAAAUCUCAGUUACAGUUUCGAUCGGAACGUUAACCGAGCGGCUAGGGUACCCCUACAACGUGCCUUCAAAGAAUGGGAAUCGGUGACGCCUUUUAAAUUUUACUAUAUUAAAAAUAUCAGCCUAGCUGAUAUUCAAAUUAGCUUUGAGAGAGGAGAUCAUGGCGAUGGAUAUCCAUUUCGGGGCACGAUUGAUGUGGUGGCCCACACUUUUCCUCCGCCGGAUGGUAGGGUCCACUUUGACGUGCACCAAAAUUGGUCUUUGGCCCGGUAA